ACUACACAGGUGCGAUUUUCACAGCUUGAAAAUGUUCUGCGACCGACAACCCACCACUUCCCCUGAUAUCUUUGGAUAUUCUGCAAGUCCAGCCAGUAACGUUUCAUCCACAACUUACCAGUCGAGUUUGAACGACUUUGAUCAGGACAUCAUCUCCUUGUUGGAUGUGAACACUGACCAGUCGGUGCCGGACACUGAAAUAGAAAACAUUGAGCCAUCGUCUGAUCUGUUCUGUCAGUCGAUCUACUGUGGUGCUGUUUCUGAUAAGUGUGAAAAUUCCAAAACAUUUACAAAUCUUACAAACUUCAUACAAACGUGCGCUGUGUUAGGCGACUGUGAGCAGCGCGAUCCGAAUGAAUGUCAAAAGUUCCCGCCAAGCUACGACGAGCACGUGUCGCGAUCUGGAUUUCCCGGCAACAUGUCGCCUGCUUCUAACUCCAGUAUAUACAGUAGCGAUGCUGAUCUCCUUUCCGAUAUCAUCGACUGUAUCACAGAGAAUGAACCAGUCUAUCCUAUUCAUGGUCCGUCCCGAAUGUCACCGAAAGCCAUCCCAGAGCUGUCUCGCGAGGACCACCUAAAACGAAUCACAUCUCUCCUCGUUGGUGGCGGUCAAAUAAAGCUCUGGCAGUUUCUAUUGGAGAUUUUGACUGAGGAAGGCAACGAUGACUGUAUCAAGUGGGAGACUUCCGGGACAAGUGGAGAGUUCCGAAUGAUCGACCCAGAAGCUGUCGCUAAGAAAUGGGGCCAACGAAAAAAUAAAACUACUAUGAACUAUGACAAUAUGAGUAGGGCACUACGAUACUACUACGACAAAAUGAUACUGACGAAGGUGGCGGGAAAAAGACACACAUACAGAUUCAAUUUUAACGCUAUCAUCCAGUCCAUGCAGAGUUCGUCCUCAUCCGCGAAUACCCAGGCAGAACAGUUGCAGAACUCUCAGUACAACGGCUGUACCUCGGCACCCGUCCACCGCUACCAGGCCGGCCAUCAACAAACAUUCCAAGGUAACAUUUACCCAAACGUCAACGCACAGAACAUUAAUAGUGUACGUAAUGUACACAGUGUGCGAAACGUGCAAGCUGUUCCGAAUAUACAAAAAGCACAGUCAGUUCCGAACGUGCAAGCCAUUCCAAAUGUACAGGCCUACUCUGCUGCAAGUGACAGGAUUCCGACCACUUGCUAUGACCUAGCGCCUUCCUUCAGCAGCUGUCGGUACGCUGACGUGAACCGCAGUUCAUCGCCUAGUCAGAGAGAUGUGAAGCCUUUCAGGUCCUGUCAAUUUGCUCAAAAUAACUUAUCUGCCUCCGCGUCCUUCUCGUCACAGACAAUCAAUAGUACGAGUCUGCCAACUUGCACAUCAUCUGCAUCCGGUUAUACCAUCGGGUAUAGCGCAGGCCGUGCGCAAACUCCAACCAAUCAGUGCCACCAAACCCAAAACGAGGCUUCAUUUUACCAGUCUCAGCCAAGGGCCAUUCAGCGAUACUCACCAUAUCGGUACACAUCUCAAAAUGUUAACAACUCGUGGUGAUACUGACCAAUCAAUGAACGAUAAAGUUAGUGCUAACUUUAAAAAAAAAUAGCAUACGUAUUAUUGAAUGAUCAGGUUACGACAAUGUGCUGGCAUUUCAGCUGUCUAGCCUCUUUGUGUUGAUGAUAAUUUCAUUUCUUCCUCUGUAAAUGACGUAUUUUUAUAGUUGAAGAGAUAGAGUAAUGGACAUAGAAUGUUACAUAGAAUAAAAAAUAAGAGUGAAAGCAACAGUAUGAUAGAUAAACAAAGAGAACAGAAAGACAGCAAGAAAGAAUGAGACAGUGAUAUCGGCAUUUGAAUGUACAUGUUUGAUGUUUUAGAAGAAUGAUAUAUAGAAAGAUGAAAUAGAUAUCUCUUUUACGUAAGAUACGUUACAUAUAGGUGGAGUUAUCGCUAUAGUUUUAUGAUCAGAUUGUGUUGAAGGAUCGAGGCACUGCCUAUCUUCGGUAGGGUAUUUAAUAUCUGUUGAAACCGAUUUUUUUUUAUUUGCAAUAAUAUAAAUAUGCCCUUUUUAUAUACAAAUCUACCUCGAUAUGCAGGCAUAUUGAGCAUCCGCGCAGGUCGCGAAAGAUAGUUGAAUUUCCUUUUUGAUAUAAUGUAUUUUAUGAAUGUAUUUUUUUUAAUUGAAGAAAUCCAUUUGUAUCACGUUUGUAUCUCGUUUUUCCUCAUCUUUUGCUGUUGGUGUAUAUCCAGAUAGCUUUUGAAGGAAUUCAUAUCAACAAAAUUUAAGUUUUUAUAUUUGUUUGGUUAUUUUUUUUCCUCCUUAAAUAUCUGGAUAUAGGAAUGAUUGGAUUACUUAACCUCCAUAUUAACCCUUUCACCCCUAUAUAACUUUAGUAGACUCUACCAUGCAUUGAUCUGGAUGGUCCCGUUAUGGUCUACAGUGGUGAAAGGGCUAAAGAGGGUCAAUCUAAAAAACACGCCAUUAUAAACAUAACCUUUUGCAUAUUUUGUUAUGGCAUCCAAAUACGUUUGGUGAAUUCAAUCAUUUUACAACUAAUUGCAUCAUUUUUUUUUUAUGUUAAAUCGAGAUUUGUUUUUUAAACCUGUUUCAAGUAUUAGUGGUACGGUACUUUUAUGUAAGAUUUGGAUAUCUGUUUAGGAAAUGAAAACACCUUUUAUUCAUUCUACUAAUAAACUUCUACUAAAGAUAUUGUCAAUGUUAGAUAACAUGUUAAUUCAUUUUCAUCAUAAGAUGUUCUUACCAGCCAGAUCGAUCUUUUCAGAUCCGAAAUAAGCUAUAAUUGUGAAAAUAUGUUAAAGAGAAAUAAAAUAUAGCAUGAACAAAACACAAAUAGGACAGGACGCAACUAUGUAUGUCAAUAUAACUUUUUGAUCAUCUACUCGUUGGCCAGUACUAGUGUUUUCACGUCUUUGUAAAGUAAUGACGGAAGUUAAAACACGAUAUUGUGAAUACUGGAACAAAUUACAUUAAAGUGAACUUUGUGUUAUUUAAUGAAAACACAAUCUAAAUAAUGUGUUACAUUGAUUUGUCUGGUGUGUUCAGGGCUUUACAAGUUCUAUACUGUAACUUCACAUAAAACUCCCAGAGAAUAUUCAAACAUACCUUUAAUUUAUUCAUACUUAUGUAACAGCCUAUUAUUGUUACAUUAAUCCAAAUGGUUGCCAUAUAUGUGAUGUUGAAGUUUAUCUUGGUAAUAAAAUACAAUAUUUUUAAA